UUGUGCCACUCUGCCUGCAUUACUGAGUGUUAGAGCCGCACCGGCUUGUCUCAGACUCUGUUUGCCUGCCACGAAUCUCACCUUGAUCCAGACUGCUCCUGUUUAUUCUCUGAUGCUCUCAUGCUCAUUUUUGACCCCUGCCUGCCUGACCCUGAUUUAGCAUUGUGGCCUUUUAGCUGUGCUAGUCAAAUCUGCUGCAAUUGGAACCAGCCGUCUGCCUGUUUUGUGACAGCAGUCUUCUCUGAAACAAAGCAGCCCUAAAUCAAUCACUUUUCGGGCUUAAAGAUUACGGCUGGCUUUCGCAUCACUUUCAGCUGGAACUCCGAGGUGCUGGACUCACACCGUCCUCGGUAACCACCGCCCUGCCUGGCAGCAGCCUCUCUGCAGGGUGACAGACAGAAUCCCUCACAGGAAUCAUGGGUUCUCACAGCUCCAGCCUGGACGACAUCCUGGAGGAGGACAUGCACCACUGGUACACCAAAUUCAUGAGGGAAUCUCCUUCAGGACUGAUCACGCUGUUUGAGCUGAAGACCAUGCUGGAAAUGAACGGCAUGACGGAGGAAGCCAGCAGCUAUGUGGACCAGGUCUUCUUCACGUUUGACAUGGACGGGGAUGGCUACAUAGACUUUGUUGAAUACAUUGCUGCUAUAAGUUUGCUGCUGAAAGGAGAAAUCAAUCAGAAACUAAAGUGGUAUUUUAAGCUCUUCGAUCAAGACGGAAAUGGAAAAAUUGACAAGGACGAACUGGAGACUAUAUUCAAGGCUAUUCAGGACAUCACCAGGAGCUACGACAUUCCUCCAGAGGAGAUUGUGACUCUAAUAUAUGAGAAAAUCGACGUCAAAGGAGAAGGUGAGCUGACGCUGGAGGAGUUCAUCAGCGGAGCCAGGGAGCAUCCUGACAUCAUGGAAAUGCUCACCAAAAUGAUGGACCUCACACACGUCCUGGAAAUCAUCAUCAAUGGUCAACGGAGGAAAGCGGUGGACUGACAGGAGGGAGAAGGUCACUGACCUCUGAUGAAGAUCCAGUCCUUCAGAUGUGUUGCUGGGGGAACAGAUUCUUCCCUGCUUUCCUUAACUGUUUGUGCAUUUUAAAAAAAAAUAGUAUUUUGAAAAUCCUCUACAGGUUUUUCUAUUAGAGCUCAGUUGAGGGAACCUGACUUAAGUUCCCAUGGGUCAGCUUUUGCACAAAAAGAUGCUUUUAAAGCAAUUCAAUCCGUUUUUACCUUUUAAAUCAAUGUAUUGUUAAAAAAAAUCAUUUAACCUGUUUUUUAAUUGAGUUUCAACACGCUUACGUAAGAUUUUAGCGUCUAAAUGGUCAUAAAUAAGUCCGAUUACUUUACUUUUAGGGAAGCUGAUUUUUCAGAUCUGUGUGGAAGCUGAUUGUAAAUGCAGUAACUGAAUGUAAAAUAAGGGUUUUAUAUUUAAUUCACGAUGUUGCCUUCAAAAUGAGGAUUACGAUUAAGAAUAACAUGAUUAAGAAUAACGUGUUUGAAAAUACCAGUGUCUUGACUUUUUCCAUACCAAUUGAUGUGAACUUCGUUUUUGCAAAACAUUCAACUGUAAAUACAUUCAUCUGAUAGAAAAAUGAUCCAAAACUGAGUUACAAUACAAUAAAAAAACUGAUAAUUGCAA